AUGACUCCUCUCUUCUUGAUGUCUCUACUCUUUGGCCUUACAUUUGGGCAGACAAUGUCUUUCUGUGUUCCAACUGAAUAUACUAUGUAUAUAGAAAAGAGCGAGUGUUCAUACUGCCUGGCUGUCAACACGACCAUCUGCGCUGGAUACUGUAUAACACGGGACCCCAAUGGCAAAAUAUUUCUUCCCAAGUAUGCUCUCUCGCAGCGUGUGUGUACAUAUGAUGAUCUCAUUUACAAGACAGUGGAGAUUCCAGGCUGCCCACAGGAUGUAGCCGCUUAUUAUUCGUAUCCUAUGGCUUUGAGCUGCAAGUGCGGCAAAUGCAAUACCGACCACAGUGACUGUGUACAAGAGGCUAACCAGGCAAACUAUUGUAGCAAAUUACAUUAGCCCUCCACUGAGGGGAUUUUUCUGGCUGAAUGAAAUAGAAAUGGAAUU